UCAUCAUCGAUAUUCUAUUUUCAGUAACACAUUUCGUGCAUUAUUCAAGCUCUGUCUCAAUUUCGAUUUUUUUUUUUUAAGGUGUGGAAAAAUUUAUUCCCACACACCUCCUAUAUCGCUUCAUUUCACCUGACCGGUGAAAAUAAUCCCUAUAUAUCUUUAUUAGGCCCCACCUCAUCCUGAUUUUUGCACUGUAUUAAUGUCGAUACUCACUCAGUUUCAAGAAGACUAUGCUCUCAAGCCCGAAGCGCGCGUCGACCUGGUCAAAUCUUUGACAACGGGUACGGAGGAGUAUUAUCUCUACCGCCUUCGAUAUCUCUCGCAACAGCUCCAAUCUGGCGAAGAACCAGCCACGGCUCAAGUCAUUGAUGAAGCUACAGCUUUGAUCAAAGAGGCUGAGAGUUCGAAUGUAGUCAAGGACAUCGAGCAGUUAAAGCAACUGGAGACACAAAUUGCAUUGCUUGCGUUUCCGGUCAAGCCUGAUAUCUUAUUGAAACGACUAGACCAUGACCCUAGUUUAGCUACCAUUAACUCCAAUCAAGAGUCACUUCCAGAGCAAGAUGCUGAUGUUACUACUGCUGCCGAAAGCGCAGUAACUGAGAUUGAAUCUCCUUCACUCGGCCUCAAUGAUUUGCCUACAGCCCUCGACCAGAAGAUGGUGAAGACUGAGCUAUUGGUCGAAAAGUUACUGGACCGGAUUCAAGAAUUUAAAUCCUAUCCAUUAAAUGUUCGAUCAGAUACGUGGCCAUAUUUGAUUGCACAGCCAAGGAUGGAGACCAUCCUGGAGCGGAUGAACUUAGACCAGCUUAAGCAGCUGUUCUAUGAGCUUGACAUCAAGUAUUCGCCAAAGAGUCUUGAAAUCAUUGGAAGAGCUGAUACAAGUCAGUUUGACAGAGUAGUGGUGCAGAUAGUUUUGAGACUAUAUCAGCACAACAAAUUCUCGUUCUCUAGCCCAUACGGCUCUAAGCUCGAGUCCCUAACAAGGGCUCAGUUGGAGGCAAUCAAGAAAGAACAGCCACGGGUAAUGGACGAUGAAGGCUUUGUUGGAAUGAUGGAACAGAGGAUCAUACCUGAGCUGUUUCCAGAGAAUAAAGAAAGGGCCUAUGAGGAUUGGUUAAAGAGGAUGCUAGCGUUUGUAGAAGAGUUGUCACCAAAGUUCAACCGACACAAGUUAGCGGUUUACCUAUUGAGUCUGGAACGUGGUCUCGCCAAAGGCAUCAUGGACAAGGCAAUGUUUUUAAGAUAUGUUGAAAUCCCACGGAACCUAACCAGCUACCGUGCAAAGAAACGAACAGACGUUGAAAAAGGCGAUUACGUGGAGUUGGGUAAAGGCCUAGCUCAUUGGUCAAUGAGGAUUAGUCCCGCAUCGCCCGAGCGUGAUAGUGAGGUCGUGAAAGAACAUCUUUCUUAUUUCAUGCUUGAGGCCAAAUCCUCAGAUGAGUUUAAACAGUAUUUCGAGACGGCAUUUCUGGAUCCUCUCUUAGCACGCGUCAUGCUGACCUCUGGAGACAAGGAUGUUACAAAGUGGUCUGGAUUACUUGCAAAAAAUGAAAGUUUAUCAGAGCUUACAGAAAAGACCAGUCUCAAGUUUUCACCGGACAAUCCCUCAAAAUUUCUGCCAUCAGAUCCUGUGAUCUUCAAGCUGAGGGUCAAAAACGCGAAGCGGAUCCUUAUCCGUGUCUUUGAAGUCAAAACAUUUGAGUAUCUACAGCAACAUGGUGAUUCCACCAUGGGCCAAAAAUUAAAUUUAGAUGGCCUGACGCCCAACUGGGAACACAAUAUAACUCUGGACCGCCCAGCGAUCGAAAUGCACGAGCUCAAGGUCGAACUUCCAGAACUAGCCAACAGGCGAGGCGCGUUUGUCAUGGAUGUGAUCAGUAACGGCGAGAACAGUUCUGCUUAUUUUACAAAGGGCUGCCUUGAUUUUAUCGAGAGACAAAGUAUUGCAGGGCAUGUCUUGACCAUCAUUGAUGAAAACCAGAAAAAACUCUCCGAGAAAUGCUCCGUGUGGCUGAGCGGCUAUUAUUACAAGCCAAAUAGAGAUGGUGACAUUAUCAUUCCUUACAGGAAUCCAUCGUCAGCGGGCUCAGAUCCAUAUAUCUAUCUCAUUCACAACGGUUUCACGACUCGCCGUGAGUUCUACCAUAGAAUUGAGGAUUAUGUUCUCAAGCUUGCAUGCCAUAUCGACCAUGAAUCUUUUAUUGCUGGGUCAACAGCUAAGAUUCUGGUGAAACCCACUGUCCAGAUUCAAGGAAGUACCAUUACAAUCUGCCCUAUUAGGCUCCUUGAGCAAGUACAACUAUCAAUCGAAGCCAACGAUACGAACAGUAUCCGAUCGACCACAACAGUCCCAGAUUUUAAAGUCCAUGACCUAGACUGGACAGAGUACAAUUUCCAGGUUCCAGAAAACCUGUCAAAGCUGACCGUGACACUCUCAGGCAAGGUCAAGGUCAUCUCGAAAGGAGAGUUUCAAGACCUUAAUGCGUCUCGCAGUUUCUCAUUUGGCAGUCCAUGCUCGGAUGAAAAGGUGAACCUUGGAGAGAAGUAUGGUUGGGUGAAUGUACAAGUCCCAGGCGAGUUUGUCACGCUGCUUCAAAAACAGUCCGAUGGAUACAAUGUCCUUGCUCUUGGCAAGAAUGGCGAGAAGCGGCCAUGUAUCCCACUAGAACUUGAAGUCGAGCAUCCUCUCCAACAUGAGCGACUCAUAUUCUGCUUACGAACAGAUGACAACGGCCAGGUCCAUUUGGGGCACUUAAAUGACAUUGAACAACUUGUCUGCCUGACCUCUAGAAUGAAAUGGCAGAUCUGCGGCCGUGAAAAAUACACAUAUCCCCCCAAGGUCCACAGUGUUGAGGGAGAGCCCAUCUGCUUGCCUUUAGGGCGACAGGAUAUGGGUACAAUCCGCAAGAUUGCCCUCUUCUCGGUCAAUGGAGACCCGGAUCAUGGCCCCGUUUGUGUGUUGGACGACUACACUAACCAUAUCCGGCUGUCGAAUGGCUUAUUAACGAUUAGAGGGUUGAAGGCAGGGCAUUACGGAUUCCGAAUCGGAGACGAGGUGACCUGCCAGCUUGCAGUCACUCGCACCAGCUCUUCAGCGUCCAAAAUCCAAGGACUGGGAGAAUAUAUCGUUGAGUCCAAUCCAAUGUUGGAAGUUCAUGAGACUUCCAAGCACCCGCUGUAUCUUACUGAGCCCAUGCUUGAUACCGAGAGCCGGACGGUUGAUAUCCAACUUUAUAACUGGAACCCUGAGACAAGAGUCAUCGUAAUUGCUUCCAAAUUCGUACCUUACGAAACAUCUGUAUUUGAUGAAAUCAAGGCGACGAAUUACGAAGCGCUUUGGAAAUCCACAAAAACAGAGCUUUCACCAACCUCGUUUAAGACCGGCCGUGUCUUGGGUGAAGAAUACCAAUACAUUUUGAACCGAAAAGCACAGUCAACGCAUUGGGCAGGGAACCUGCUCACAAAGCCUAGUGUCUUGCUCACGCCUAGAAGUAUCGCCGACACUACUAUGUCCAAGCAGGUGAUGCGGGGUGACGAUCUUACUGAAACCAUUACACAGAGAGCAAUGGGAGCGAACGCAUCGUGCCUUCGAGCUUGUGGUGCAGAUCUUGCAAAUGCCCGCAUGCUGUUCAAGGAAAGUGGACGAGGACAUGAACGCUUGAGUCCACUACUCAACUUCUUGGCGCAUCCAAGUGUCGCCUUGGCUAACUUGAUCCCCGAUGGUUCUACGGGUACUGUUAGUGUCCCUUGCUCGGCUUUGAAAGAAGGAACAUUCCUUCAAAUUUUCGCUUCGGAUGGCUAUCAGGCUACUCAACGAUCGUUUAUGAUUCCACGCCAAGCAAACGGUACUUCGGACAAGGAGGGAUUCCAGAAGCGUGACCUCCGGUUCAAGAGUCAGAUGGACCAUACAAAGCAUUAUAUUGGAGAUAGAAUUGGGAUUAAUCUGGAACCUCAGGCCCUAUCGGCUACUGAUGGUGAGCCAUCAUACUCGGUCGCAUCUGUGACACUAACAUCAAACAGCAGCUCGUCAUCUAAUGUUCGAGUGAUCAACUCGGUGAGUCAGGUCUACGACUUGAUGAUGACCCUACUUGCUACAGAAGACCAUAAGCGGACAUUAAGCAAGUUUGGAUUUAUCACAGAUUGGAAUCGUCUUUCAAAUGAGGCCAAGAAAGAAAAGUUUUCAAAAUGGAACUGCCAUGAACUCAACUUGUUUCUCUUCAGGAAAGAUAGACAGUUCUUCAACACAGUUGUUGCACCGUAUUUGAAGAACAAACUGCUGAAGUCGUUCAUGGAUGAUUACUUAAUUGACGCCCCACUUGAAAAGUACACGGCCCUUCACGAAUUCAGGGUGCUGACAUGCAUGGAAAAGUGCCUCCUAGCUCAGCGCAUCCCUAGCUUAAAACCCGCGGUGGCUCAGUGGCUCAAUGAUAGGAUGAAGCACAGACGUGGGGCAAGCAAUGUCAAACUUUUCUUGACAGUUAUGAAAUCUGGUAGCUUAAAAGCAUCGGAUGCUAGUGCUGAUUUGGGAUACUCACCCUCGUCGCCCAACUAUUCCCCUACGGAUCCCGUUAAUGAUGAGGAUGAUGAGGAAAGCGAUGAAGAUAUGGGCUUUGCUCUUAUUGAUGAAACCCCAAGCAGAGCUAUAUGUGCUACCUACAAUGCUAGUUCUCCUCCUCCUCCUCCCCCUCCCGCCCCUAUGGCCAGAAUGGCAAGAGUGUCAGCUUCCGGUGACAGAGAUCGAUCCCAAGCGGAGAGGAUCUUGAACAGUCGGUUUAAGCCUGUGGACCUCACCAAAGAAAUGGCAGAGACAUAUUACUAUGGUAGACAGGAUUUCAUAAACAGCGACAGUGAAUAUGAGCCGAACCAGUUCUGGUGGGAUUUAUCCCAAUGGGAUGAAUUUAAAGGUGGACCGUUCCUGUCUCAGAACUUCGUAGCGAACGCUGGAUCAUUUACAGAUGCAAUGGGUACAAUUGCUCUACUGGAUGUAGCAUUCCGUCCAAAGAAUACAUUGUUAACACGCUCCGCGAGCCAUAACUUAGUUAUCUCAUCGGAGUCGCCUGCCAUCAUUUUCCAUUCUUCUACUAAGGAGCUGGUAGAACCACCUGUGACGGGAUCAGUCCUGGUGACCCAACAGUACUUUGAGCAGACUGAAAAGGCCACAUACGACGAAGUUAUGAGGGAUUAUGUACGUCGAUACAUCCAACCAGGUACCGAAUUCAGGCCACUCGAAUCUUAUGGCGCCCAUGUUGUCUUGAUGAAUGCUACUCCUAAUCCGAUGAAAGUACAUUUGGAAGUCCAGCUUCCUCAUGGGUCAAUCUCGCUCUAUCAUAGCCUGGAGUCAGGACAGGACAUCGAGCUUGAGCCCCAUGGAACAUUCCAGUACGAGUAUGGAUUCUACUUCCCUGAAGAAGGCGACUUCCCCCACUAUCCAGCACACGUAUCGAAUUAUGAGGAUGUGAUCGCGUACGCAACCCCUGCAACUCUUAAAGUCAGGGCCCCAGAGCCUGGCCACAAGGAAGCGACAGACACUAGAACGUGGAACUAUGUCCUCAAGCAUGGUAGCAAAGACGACAUCUUGAAUAAACUAAAAACCAGCCCAUUGGAUAAUUUGCCGACCGAUCAGCUGUUACCUCGGCUAUAUAAGGAUAGGAAGUUCUUGCAGCAAGUGACAUCAGCACUGCGUUUGCGACAAGAGUAUAAUGAAGCGAUCUGGAGCGUCGCUUUGACAGGCCAGGAUCAGGAAUUAGUCAAGGAAUAUCUAAUGAAUCUACCACCGUCUACUAUUAACACUGGAGAUUGGUUUCAAUCAAGCGUAUUUGUCCGAACAGCCCGCUCAAGGCUAGAGGGUCCAUGGGAUACCUCGCUUAAAUAUCUGGAAUACUUCCCUUUAAUCAACUCGAGAGCCCAUAAAGCUACACGUACCGCUGCCAUUUUGAAUGAUCGAUUCAGAGAUCAAUAUGCGCGGUUCUUGAGAAUGUUAAGCCAAAAGCCUCAUCAUGACAUUAGCGAUUUGCUAGUAUUGAUUGUCUACCUCUUGGCGCAGGACCGAAUCGUAGAGGCCAAGGACAAGUUCCAAGAGUUAUCCGACCUUAUGAAAAACAGAGGUAGUCAAGGAAAUAGCUUACAACAGCUCCAGUAUGACUACCUCUGGGCAUACUUGAGCCUGUGUGUGGAGGUUCAGGUUGGCUCUGUAGCCUCAGAUCUGGGGCUAGAUUUAUCGGGAGUCCAGAAAUUGCUAACCAAAUACCGAGACUAUCCUGUAGAGCGCUGGAACAAGCUGUUCAAAGACAUGCAGUUGUAUGUUGAUGAGGUUAUACAAUCGAUGGCUGAAAACGAGAUAUCCUCCUCUUCUACUGCUUCCAAGGAAGGCCAGUCCACCUCGACAUCAUCAACUGUUGUAGCAGCUGUAAAAGCUGUCGCUACUGCUACAGGCGCUGGCGGGGAUCAUCAACAGUCGAAGGAUACUUUUAAUGGAGACGAAGGGGAAGAGGAUGACAAUACUGAAGAACCCGUAAUGGUGGACUUUAAGAUUGGGGACAGAAACAUGCUGACUGUUCGUCAUCGUGGUGUGCGAGAAAUCACUGUUGAAUAUUACUCGAUCGAUGCAGAGACCAUGUUCUCGGCUUCACCUCUUACUCUGAGUGAUCAAGGAGAAACUGAGUCGAUAUCAUCGGAUUCGAACAGUGACCAGAAUUGGUACAAGAAGAAUAAUAAGCAAGACGAUUCGAGCAACAGCUACCGUCUCGUGAAACCCAAUGGUACGGAUAAGCAUGUUGUGCAACGAGCAGUUGGCAGCGAUGGAAUCUUUGUAGUUCCGCUUUUGCCUCAGUAUUUGAAUUCGAACGUGAUGAUCUCUUUGACAACGAGCCCACCUUUGGCUACGCGUACUUGGAAGGCAUAUUACUCACAAACGAUUGCGGUGCAGUGCGUGGAGCGUAUGGGUAUGAUGAGGGUUGUCUGCAAGACCGAUAACCGUCCGAUCCGAGGAAGCUAUGUGAAGGUGUAUGCAGAGAUGAAACAAGGUGGUGAAGCCGUGUUCUGGAAGGAUGGGUACACAGAUUUAGUGGGUCGGUUUGCUUACGCGUUGGUGUCUACGGGCGCUGCAACAACAGGAUCGGGAUCAUCGGGAUCAAAUGAUGCGGGACUUGGGGGUGUGAAGCGAUUCGCAGUAUUUGUGGAUGGUGGACGAGAGGGAUGUGUUGUCAAGUCUUUACCUGUGCCACCUGUGUAACUAUGUAUCUGAUACAAAUAUACUAAUACAUAUAAAACCACAAGGUGUCAAAGUGUGAAAUAAAGCUCUAUCAAUUUCCUGAAAUU